AAGUGGACCACGCUCUAUAAAAAUCUCCAACGGCGCUAUUGUUUCAUACCACAACAACAACAAACAAGGUUAGGGUGGGGAAGGGAAACACAUCAAUUGAUCAAAAUAAUGGGUUCUACCCUUGCGAUUUUAUUCUUAACUUUCUGCACUUGCUAUCUACAGAUCGCUGGGGCCGAACCACAACGCCUUUCUACUCUCAAGCUUAAUUCCCGCAUUCUCCAGGAGUCUAUUGCUAAACAGAUCAACGAAAACCCAGAGGCAGGAUGGGAGGCUGCUAUAAAUCCUCGUUUCUCCAAUUAUACAGUUGGAGAAUUUAAGCGCCUGCUUGGUGUUAAACCAACUCCUAAGAAGGAACUGAUAGGUGCACCCAUUGUGACUCAUCCAAAAUCAUUGAAAUUGCCAAAGGAGUUUGAUGCAAGGACUCAAUGGUCUCAAUGUAGUACCAUUGGAAGAAUUCUAGAUCAGGGUCAUUGUGGUUCUUGUUGGGCAUUUGGUGCUGUAGAGUCAUUAUCAGAUCGGUUUUGCAUUCAUUUUGAUGUGAAUAUCUCUCUCUCUGUGAACGAUCUUCUCGCAUGCUGUGGCUUUUUGUGUGGAUCUGGUUGUGAUGGAGGGUAUCCUAUAAAUGCAUGGCGAUACCUAGUCAGCCAUGGUGUUGUCACUGAAGAGUGUGACCCAUACUUUGAUCAAAUUGGCUGUUCCCAUCCUGGUUGUGAGCCCGCAUACAGUACCCCCAAGUGUGUAAAAAAGUGUGUGAGCGGGAAUCUGCUUUGGAAGAAAUCAAAGCACUAUAGUGUCAAUGCAUAUAAGAUCAAGUCUAAUCCCCAUGAUAUCAUGGCAGAAAUUUAUAAGAAUGGGCCAGUUGAAGUUGCAUUCACUGUUUACGAGGAUUUUGCUCUCUACAAAUCAGGAGUUUACAAACACAUCACAGGUGUGGAACUCGGUGGUCAUGCUGUGAAGCUGAUAGGAUGGGGAACAUCUGAUGAUGGAGAGGACUAUUGGCUUCUCGCAAAUCAGUGGAAUAGAAGUUGGGGAGAUGAUGGUUACUUUAAGAUCAGAAGGGGGACAAAUGAAUGUGGAAUUGAAGAAGACGUUACAGCUGGUAUGCCUUCCACCAAAAAUCUCGUACUCGAAGUCACUGACACGGGUGCCGAUGCUGUUGAUGGUGCUUCAUUCUGAAUAUAAGUGUAUAAUAUUACCGAUUAGAUGAUGAUGGUAUUGCAAAAAUCUGCAUCAAAUGUUAUACCAAUGUACCACAAUCUUAUGGAGACGGAUCUAGAUUGUGAUGCUGAAAGACUAUAAGCUGUUGUGGGUAGUGAUGCGCGAAAUAAGAAAAACUGUUGUAGUUACCAAUUAGCUCCUGUUGUAAGCUACAUCCACUUGUUGGUUUUAUUGCAAUGUUGCCGAUUAUUCCGAA